AGUUGGUGCCGGCUGAGCCGGAGGCGCCCGCUCGCCAUGCAGAGACCCGGCGGCCAGGGGACCGCCUUCUCCAUUGACUCGCUCAUUGGGACGCCGCCGCCGCGCUCCGGGCACCUGCUCUACACCGGGUACCCCAUGUUCAUGCCGUACCGGCCGCUGGUGCUCCCGCAGGCGCUGUCCCACGCCCCGCUGCAAUCGGGGCUGCCGCCGCUGGCCCCGCUCGCUUCCUUCGCCGGCCGCCUCACCAACACCUUCUGCGCCAGCCUGGGCCAGGCCGUGCCCUCCAUGGUGGCGCUCACCACCGCCCUGCCCAGUUUCUCCGAGCCCCCCGACGGCUUCUACCCUCCGCAGGAGCUGCCCCCGCCGCGCGCCACCCCCGACGCCGGCUGCCGGCGCGGCGCCGACGGGCUGGAGGCGGAGGAGCUGCCCCCGGGCCGCGACAAGGGGCCGGCCGAGCCGCCGCUGCACUUCCCGGACCCCUUCCCUGGCCUCGCAGACGGCAAGGCGUACAGCUCAGACGAGGAGAAGCUGGAGGUGAAGUCGGCGGCGACGCCGUGCAGCGAGCGGGAGGAGGAGAGCUCGGCGGGCGAGAGCGAGGAGGAGCCUUUCCUGGACGGGGCGGCCGCCGGCAGCGCGCUGGGAGCCAAGGGCAAGGGCAAGGGCGGCCCCGCCGCCGAGCAGCCCCCGCCGGGCUCGGGGGCCGGGAAGAGCCGCCGGCGCCGCACGGCCUUCACCAGCGAGCAGCUGCUGGAGCUGGAGAAGGAGUUCCACUGCAAGAAGUACCUGAGCCUGACGGAGCGCUCGCAGAUCGCACACGCCCUGAAGCUGAGCGAGGUGCAGGUGAAGAUCUGGUUCCAGAACCGCCGCGCCAAGUGGAAACGCAUCAAGGCUGGCAAUGUCAGCAACCGCUCGGGAGAGCCCGUCCGCAACCCCAAAAUCGUGGUGCCCAUCCCGGUGCACGUCAAUCGUUUCGCCGUGCGCAGCCAGCACCAGCAGAUCGAGCAGGGCGCCCGGCCCUGAGCCCGCGGGGCUCCCGGACCCUGGGGCGGGGCGGGGCGAGCGCCCGCUCCCACUCCUGUGUACAUGUCCCUUAUUUAUUCCGUGUAAACUCUGUACAUACGGCAGCCUGUCCUUCUGUCCGUGCCACG